AUGUCCGAAGCCUACGAGCGCGAACGCCAAAACAAUGCCCGCCUGGAGGAGCUCUCGUCCAAAGUAACCGCCCUGCGCGGCGUCACCGUCGACAUUUACGACAACGCCCGCGCGCAAGACGUCAUCGACCACACUUCUGAUACAUUCACAUCCAUGGCCUCGCAGGUCAAAGGCUCCGCGACACGACUAACCAGAAUGGCCGCCUCGGGAAACAACGUUGCGAUAAUAAAGCUCGCGGCCAUCAUCAUCGGGGCGUUUCUGCUGCUGUACUACGGCAUCAAGUGGAUCUUUUAAGAUUAUCGGGCAAUAUGUCAUAUUCAGCAUGGCAUGGGACACAAAUACGGAGGAGUUUGCCAGGCUUUCCUUUACUCAUGGAGCGGCUCUUGUUUUUUUAGUAUUUCAAACUUCUUUUUUUGGUCAACUUUGCAAAUGUUGUUUCUAGGAUAUGGCAAAGGUGGCAGUCGGAUUUGCAAAGGCAAUACCCUUGGUGUUUUAUGCGGAGUUUCUAAGCAUGGAUCAAUUCCUUUCUCCUUGUUUCUUUUCCCUCUGUCAUCUUGUCCAUUUCGUUCGUAGAAAGCCAUCAAUUCAUACGUGGACAUCAUACCUU